AUGUUCAACCGUUUAGAUUCGACCGGUGAUGGCUGCCUUACAAGAGAAGACUAUGUUAAGGGUGCAACAAGGGUUGCGGAGUAUUUGGGAUUAAAUGAAAAGGAAAGCCACCGUAUUUUACACCAAUUCCUCUAUUUGUGGGGACUUCACAUUGACAACGACGCUGAUGACCAAGCCGCCAAAGUGACGGAAAAGGAAUUCAUGCAGAACUGGACAUCGGUCAUCAACGAAAGCUCUUUCCGACAGGACCUCUAUCCCAGAAGCAUCUCCGCGGAUUUCCGCGCCAUGGACAUCAACGGGGACGGCUUCAUUUCGAAGGAGGAGCACGCAGCUUUUUACUACGGUAUACAAAUCCCUAUCGAAGAUUCGAUGAAGUUAUUUGGCGUAUUGGACAGUGACAAAGAUGGAUUCAUAUCUAUUGACGAGUACGCGCGUGGAUAUCUUGAAUUUAUGUUGACGGAGGAUCCAGGUAACAGGUUCAACGAUUUUUUCGGUCCACUUGUCGAAUGA